AUGGCCACAAAUACCACUUCCAAACCCAGCCUAUCAGCUCACGACGGUACAGUCGGCUUAACAACCUCAGAUGUGAUCCCCAUCGCAGCUCGAGGCAAAGAAAUAACAGGCCUCGAGAUCUUCAAAGAAACAGCAGACGACACCGCAAUCCCCAUAUCGCGAGUCGACGUGCUCAUGUCGCAGAUGCACACCGACGUCCCCAGCGGCGGAACAGACAUGAACUAUGGAGCCACAGACUCGCAGCGUCUCCGCCUGUGGAAUCCCACGUCAUCAACGAGCAAGGCACCGAUUAUCGUAUUCGUCCACGGCGGCAGUUGGCGUGUAGGGACGUACCUCGACUCCGUCGGCUCGAUCAAAGUAUCCCACCUGACGAAACUGGGGUAUGCAUUUGCGACGGUCAAUUACACCCUCUUCCCCGCUGUGUCCGUCGCAGAACAGGUCCAGGAAGUCGCGGAUGCAGUGGGAUACCUCGUCCGCAAGGCAACUAGUCUAAACAUCGACCCAAACCGUGUUAUUCUCAUGGGCCACAGCUCCGGCGCCCACGUCGUCACCCUCCUUGGAACAGAUACGCGGUACCUCGAGCUCGCAGGCGUCUCCAUCGAUACAAUCCAAGGCGUGAUAGCCCUCGACGGCUCAAACUACAACGCACCCGCCGAGAUCCUCGAUAGCCCGGGAUCCGUGGCGGAGAACAUGAAGUACGCGCUUGGGAAUGAUCUCGAGGCGCUGGAGACCAUGUCGCCGACGUGUAAUGCGCGAGCGCCAAAUGCGCGGGUGUUCUUGCUGCUUCAUAUCCAGAGGCAGGGGGAUAUUCGGCAGGCAGUUGAGUUUGUUAAUGUGCUGCGGGCUGCCGGGAGUGAGGCUGCGUUGCAUGUUUUUGAGGGCGAGGGCUUUGAGGGGCAUGUUCAGAUGUUGCUGAGGCUGGGGGAUCCGGGGUAUCCGGCGACGGGGGUUUUGGAGGGGUGGUUGAGGGUGAAUGCUCCUGUUAAGCAGUCUCCUUGA